CUGGGUGCCAAUGGCGACAAAUCGGCGGGGCAGGAUUUUGAGGAUGCGGGGGACGGACUGCCCGAGGCUGGCACCCAAGGUCCGUUGACCCCGCGAAACACUGACGACACGGUAGGUUGAGGGAUAGAGACAAGAUAUAAGAAAAUGGAAGGGAUGGCUAAAGUGUAAGGAUGGACAACAGAAGCGCUUUGUCUCCCUUAACAAGGAGCAAGCUACCAACGAGACAUCGCCUCAUGUCCGUAGGAAGUCGACAAUCCCAAUGGACCCCACCGUGCUCCAAGAACUCCAGCAUCACAAGCCUCUCGAGGGAGUUGCACCCCCAAGAGCAGCAAAGUAGUCGUGAGAACUGGACGAUAAUUGCAUGCCUCCGCUUCACUGUUCCUUCACAUCUCCCCGUCGCCUCCCUUUGUUUCUUCUUCUCUUUCCCUCAGUAGCCUCUCUUACCUAUUCCCACUUCCUUUCCCCUUUCUUUCUUUUCACGCCAAGUAACACACUCAGAGACACAAUUUUUUCUCUUUCUCAGUCUUCUGUUGUUUAAGUCCCCAUCUGUGAAAGUCGGUACUCGCCUAUUGACAUAUCGACAUUUGUAUGCUGUUUC